AUGGAGCUGAACGAGCUGCAACGUUUGUCAGCAGCGUUUUACCAGCAGGGUUUACGGUACAACUUCACGGCCUCACAGCAACCAUCAACUCCAGGAGUCUAUCGCUUCGUUUUCUCACGGCCGACCAAUGCCACACCGGAAUCGCCAGUGUACAUCACCGUAGAUAUUUCUCGUGUCUCCAACGAAAAAGGCGACGACUCCACGACGGAGUAUUGCGCGAUGAUUGAGGGACUCAAUUGGCCGUACUACUUUCAACUGCGUGAUGGGGUGAUCGAUGAGGGAGGUUUUUCGGAAAGCCUCUUGGAAAAAGUAGACGCGCAGAAGUGUAAGGUGAACGAGCGGUGCCUUUGGAUGUAA